AUUCAUCUCUGAUUGAAUAAAACUCCCUCUGCCUGUUCCUUCUUCUUAAUGGAUCUGUACAGCAGGUGUUGGUGCACUUGUGGAGGGCAGUGCUUCUAAAGACUCCAAACUAAGGAGGAGGAGGGAGAAACUUACUGAGUUUGUGGCGGAAACUGUCUGCACAGAUAUCUGACGGAAGUUGAGACAGAACGUGGAGGAAUGCCAGCAGGAGGACAGAGGUUUACGGACAUGGAGAUGUUGGUAGGGAUGGAGGACGAGCAGGUGGAUGCUGGGAGGAGCAGGGCUGGGAGCUGUGUGGAGUUUUACAGCGUCAAAAAGAUGAAGACGUUGGCCCAGAGACGACAGUCAGCUCCUUCUCUGGUCAUCAGCAAAGCACUUACCAGAUCAAGAAGCACUUCCAGGGAAAGCUGCUUGACGCCAGUCAGCCCAGAGUCAUGUCCUCUAGUCCAGGCUUUCCUGGCUGAGUGUCCAGGCCGUCUGUUUCUGGGUCACGCCCAAACGCAACUAAAGACUGGCCUCCAGACCCAGGAGAGACACCUCUUUCUCUUCACGGACACACUGCUCAUCGCUAAGGCCAAGUCUCCCACACAUUUUAAGGUGAAAACUCAAGUCAGAGUGUGUGAAAUGUGGACGGCCAGCUGCAUGGAGGAGGUGUGUGAAGGCAGCACCAACUCAGAGAGGAGUUUCGUCAUGGGUUGGCCCACCUACAACUGUGUGGCAACUUUCAGUUCUGAGGAACACAAGGACAAAUGGUUGGCGCUCAUCAAAAGCCGAAUAAAUGAGGGAAAGGAGAAAGAUGACCCCAAGACCAUUCCCCUGAAGAUAUUUGCCAAAGAUAUUGGAAACUGUGCAUAUGCCAAGACACUUGCGGUCAGUAACACUGACAGCACCACUGAUGUCAUCCGCAUGGCUCUGAUGCAGUUUGGCAUUUCAGGUUGUGUAAAAGACCAUCGGUUGUGGGUGAGCUCCUGUAAAGAUGACCCUCCCUAUCCUCUCAUUGGCCAUGAGUUUCCCUUCAGCAUCAAGAUGAGUCACAUUCGGGAUGGUGGGAGCAGCAGUGGAGGAGGAGGAGGAGGAGGAGGGAGGGAUCAAACAAGUCCCACAGACUGUCCAGGUGUGCUCCUGCUGGACCAGUGUCUCCCUCCUGAUACCCAGUGUCAGUUCAUCCUCAAACCCAGUAAGGUCAACCAGGGCCAGGCUCCACUUAUUGAGCCAGGUCAGCAGAAAUCAUUUAAGAGAAAGCGGUCUCUGAUAAACUGGCCUUUCUGGAGAGGCUCCAACAGCCAGCUGGAUGGUCUGGCCCUGUCCCCAACCGCGCUGUCCCCCACUCUGGGACGCCUGUUCGGACGACCCCUGAGCUCCCUCUGCUCCCUGGACCAAAGCCUCCCCAAGCCUGUCAUGGACAUGCUGGUGUUCCUGUACCUGGAGGGGCCCUACACCAGAGGGGUGUUCAGGCGGUCAGCGGGGGCCAAAGCUUGCCGUGAGCUCCGGGACAGACUGGAUGGAGGAACCGAAGACCCAGAGAUCACACACCAGUCUGUGUUCGUCAUCGCCGCUGUCCUCAAGGAUUUCCUGAGGAACAUCCCCGGCAGUCUAUUGUGUGCAGAUCUGUACAACCAGUGGAUGGAAGUGAUGGACGGAGAGAGUGGAGAGGAGAGGACGCAAGCUGUCCACAAGUUGCUUUGCCUCAUACCCAGCGAGAACCUGCUUCUGCUGCGACAUGUGGUUGCUGUGUUGCACUGUAUCCAAGGAAACGCCCACGACAACCAGAUGAACGCCUUCAACCUGUCUGUCUGCAUUGCACCCAGCUUGCUCUGGGCCCCGGCACCCACCACCCCCGAGAUGGAGGGAGAGGGCACCAAAAAGGUGUGUGAGCUGGUCCACUUCCUGAUAGAGAACUGCAGCAGCGUUUUUGGAGAAGACGUCACCUCGCUGUUUAGAAACUUCAGCCAGAAGAGCAGCAGCAGUGACCAUGGAUCCGAUGUAUCGUCCUUCCAGAUGAACGACUCGUCCUACGACAGUUUGGAGAAUGAGCUCAAUGAUGACCCUGAGUCUCCGUACCAGGAGCAGCUGCCCCUCCGUGACAAGGACAAGCCGGACAGCCGGAGCCGUGACUCCGUCAUCACCCUCAGUGACUGCGAUCCCGAUCCAGAGACGGAGACCGACCUCCUCCUCCAGCUGCCCCCUCUGGCCAGACCCAGAAGGUUCAGCCCUGCCGUUCGUCCACCCCGCACCCGCCAGGCCAACGGCCUCUCGGUGGGUCCCAGGAGGCUGAGGAGGAGCUCAGAGCCAGCCCUGGCACUGGCAGGCACAGCGCCCUCAGGUGCAGUGACGGUUAAAAGCGAUAAGCAGUGUCACACAGUGAGGAAGGCCAGCUACGAUGCUGCUAUGGAAGGAGAGGGGGAGGAGGAAGAGGAGGAUGAGGUGUUUCUGGAGCAGGAGCUCAACAGGCUGCAGCUGAAGGAGGAAGCAGAGGAGGGAUGUGAAAAGAGAGAAGCCAAAGUCCAGAACGGUGGGCGCAGGAAGUCAAAGCACGCCCCCCCGCCUCCAUUACGACUUGACGCCAGCUGCUCCAGCUUGUCGUCCCCGGCAACAUCGCCAACAGGCUCCUCUCUCAGUUCUUUAGACUCCGCCUUCUCGCAGUACUCUGACUACACAUCCUCCAAUGGGGUGAAUCCGUCAGCAGAACCAGCUCCUCUCUCCCCUCUCUUUCCUGGACGGUCUCCCCGCGGCUCCCCCCCUCAAAGGGACACUUCCUCCCUUCUCCCUCGGACCAACCAAGCUCCCUCUCAUCCUCAUGGACUCCAUCCAAACACGUGGCUCAAAAAGGACCGCCGCUUGUCACUCAAACAGCCUGAAAAUGGACACAUGAAUGAGGACACAGAGAUGAGGAACCCAAAAACUAAUGGCUCCUCUGUCUGCAUCCAGGGUCCUGUGAUAACGAACGGGCAGCGGAGGUCCAGCAGCCCCCCCUCAUACCAGCAGGCCCUGCUGCAGCUACAGCGCAGCCGCUCGCCUUUCUACAAGGGGACUGAGAAACCCCUGACAGUCAGGGAGCUGAGGCAGCUCCAUGACCAGGGCUGCACCUACAGACCUCCAACAUCAGCCCUUCCCAACACCCCAAAACCUCCCCCUGGAAGUGAGGUCACACAUGCACCUGCAGGGAGUGACUGUGUCCAGCCCCCACAGGGUGUUUUUUACGGACAGAGCAGCACCACCCUGGUUCUUCAGAGGCAGAAAUGCCACUCUCUUACUCCAGCCAUGGAGGGAUAUAAUGGUAGGAAGACACUACCCCUGCCCCGUAGAGCGUCUGACCCCACCAAGAUUGGUGCUCUGGCCUCUGUCAGCCUCACCCUGGAUAGACCCCCCAAAGGUCAUUCACAAGAUACAGGCCUGAGAGUGUCAGCUGUAGAGCCCAGCCACUCUCCCUCUUCAGAACCGCACUUCUGCCUGUCUCCCUCCGCCACGCGGACUGUAAAGGACUACUUUUCGUCACAGGGUCAGGCGGAUGCAGAUGCCUGCCUGCGGAGGAGUCAGGAGGUGGCGCUGGCUAUCGUGCAAGGAAAAAGGGAGUGGCAAAGUCGACGGUGCAGCGACCCACACAUGGACGAGUUUGACCAGCUGUUCUUUGCAGAAGAGUCAUAUGUGUAAAAGAGAACUUUGUACAGAGAGACUGUGUACCAGAGACUGUUUUUAUAUUUGUUCACUCAUGUACAGCCGUCCUACUGUCAAUGUGAUAUUCAACAAUAUACUGUAUGAUAUGCUCCUUUCUCUCCUGGUAACAGUAGUUAGAACAAUAAAAAAUACUGUUUUCACUUUAACGGUACAUCUGAGGUUAUAGGUUAGAAGAAUUUUAGCGCCAAAUCAUUUGCCAGAAUAAAUUGUUGCCAUUUUAGGUUUGUGUACUCCACAGAAAACAUAAAAUCUCAACUUUUUGGAUCCAAAACUAUGUUUCAAAUCAACAUUUAUAGAGCUUAUCCAGUAACUCAUGCUGCCUUUGGAAAUAACAUAAAUGUAAUUUCUUCACGUUAGUUUUUUGAUAGAAGAGCCAGCAAUUCAAUUUACCACAGCAACUGAAUGUGAUGACAGCAUUAUUAAACUUUUAAUGUUUGGGUUUAGACACUGGCAGCGCUUGGUUAAAGUUUAAAGAAAAUGCCAAAGUUUGGUUUAAUACAUGAGAAAAAUUGACAACAAUGUGAUAACAGUAGAUUCAGUAAUACCUAAACCAAAUGACAAUCUGUUCCAAACCCAAAGCCAAACAAUUUUCUUGCCUAAACCUAAAAUGGGAGUCAAAGAAUUAGCUGAUCCUCCCCUGAAAAGUUUGGUUGAGCUUAUACAUAUCUGUGGUAUGCAGAAAUGUCCGGUGGCAACAUUUUUUUCUGGUGAUUGGUUUACGGAUGCACAUUCUGCUUCAGUGUUUCACCUCUUCAUGGUCAUAUUUAGAUUAAACUAUAUUUUUACUCCCAAUUUGCAGUGGAAUUGUCAUCUGGAAAGUGUUAGACAUGUUGUAAUCUGAAGUAUUUUACAAGAAGUGCUUACAUGUUCUUUGACAGCAUCAGUUUGCAGCACUGCCAUAGAGUUCCUCAAAGUAUUUAUGGUAUAGGGACGCCUCAGUGAAAUUUUCAGAGAAAAUGUGAAGAAGCAGUAAAUAUAAAACAAGUCUGUGUUAGUGAACCAAAAUUGGGCUGUAAGGAAAAUAAUUUAUUUUUGGGAGUGUCUUUGUUUUAGACAAAGUAGUAUUUUAUUCGCUGGAAGUUGCUAAAAUUCAAUUUUCUUUUUUUAAUAUGAUUGAAAAUAUAGUCACAUUGUAAAAAAGUUAAAUGUGACUCAAUGUGCUUCAAACUUUCUAACUACACUGUACUUUAUGUACUUGUAGUGCUUUUAAAUCAAGUUGUGUGCAUUAAAAAAAUCUUUUAAGGGAUAUAAUGAUGUGCAGCAGACGUUUGCUGUAAUAUUAACCAGGUGAUCAUGGUAAUGGCUGUGACUUGAUGCAGAUGCUGUGGACAAAGUUUUUAGCUUUAUCUUCCAACAUUUGUGAAGUUACACAUUUAGGACAUAUUAAAAAAAAAAAAAAAAAAUCUUAAAUUAUCUUUUUUAGUUGUAUCUAUACAGUAACUUUUCCCAUUGAGUGAAGUGUUGGUCUGAGUCAGUGGAGCAGGUAUUUAUUCACAUGAGCUGAGUGUGUCUGGUUUAUAUCUUUGUGAUCUGUGAUUGGGAAGGGGUUGAUCACAUGACAGAGCAUCCUGUGCAGGAAUGUGAGAAAAUGUGUGCCAUAGAGUUGAGAGAAAUCUCUAUUCCAUGUGUGUGUGUGAGUGAGAUGAAUGCAUCAUUACAAAGCAUCAGUUGUAUGUUUUAUCCAUAAUAAUACGAUCUGUUUAUUCUAGUUCUGCCAUCAGUGCAGAACCUAUUUCUGUGGUGACACUUGACCCUAAAUGCCCUCAUUUCACUGUGCAUCUAUGUAGUGAAACAUAUGUAUAGUUCUGAUAAAUUGCUGCCACAGUCUAAUUAACAAACAGUAUUACUCUGACCUGAACAUGACUUUUCAACAGGAACACACGCUGGGAUGAGGCCAUUGUGAUGUUAAGUGUCCAACAGAAAGUACUUUACCAUGUAUUAUUAAUAUAGUUGUUAUCAUCAGUACAGUGAAUUGUUUCAACGUGUAUAGUUCUCCAUAUUUAUGAUCAUACAGAUAAAAAUAUAUAUAAAUAUAUAUAAAUAUAUUAUCUUGUUACUUUGGUAUGUUGUCUUGUGUGACAGAAUCAAAUGUGUAUUUUUGUACAUGCCAAUGCUGCUGCUGUCUGAAUAGAAAGUAUAUUUGCUACAAAAUGCACCAUUUGUAUAUUGUGUACAUCUGAUGUUCAGUGUUCACAAGGAACAAAAUGUUGAUUUUAAUAAAUGUUCUUGUGAAAGUUA